UGAGAAUGAUUGAGGGGACUGUGCUUGGUCUAGUACGCAGGCUGUAACACUGCCCUACUUUCCACAGGACUGCUCGAUUCCUGCACACUGUUCUUGCGGCUCACUGGCCGGCCAUGGCGUUGAGGACUGUCCGAAACUUACCUUGCUUUUUAAGUGCACUCGCCGUGUUGCUUCUCAACAGUGGCCCGUCCCGGGUGUUCUCGUGUCCGAGCCGCUGUUUAUGUUUCCGUACCACUGUCAGAUGUAUGCAUUUAAACCUGGAAACUGUACCUGCUAUUCUUCCACAGACAACAAUCCUAGACCUGAGGUUUAACAAAAUCAAGGAUUUACAGCCAGGUUCCUUCAGACGAUUAAAGAAUCUUAAUACACUCCUUUUAAACAACAACCACAUCAGAAGAAUCCCAAGAGGAGCCUUUGAAGAUUUGGAAAGCCUUAAAUAUCUCUAUUUGUACAAGAAUGAAAUCCAGGCAAUAGACCGGGAAGCCUUUAAGGGACUCGUCUCUCUAGAACAGCUAUACCUGCACUUCAACAACAUCGAGUCAUUGGAGCCCGAGUCUUUUUCCCAUCUACCAAAACUUGAGCGAUUAUUUUUGCACAACAACAGAAUAACUCAUCUUGCAUUAGGAACCUUCUCUCAUCUGCAGUCUAUGAAGAGACUGCGCCUGGACUCAAACACACUGAACUGUGAUUGUGAACUGCUUUGGUUAGCUGAUCUGUUGAAGCAGUAUGCAGAGUCUGGUAACGCCCAGGCCGCAGCUACAUGUGACUAUCCAAGCCGCUUGCAGGGACGCUCGGUCGCCACCCUCACUCCAGAAGAACUCAACUGUGAAGUGCCCCGGAUCACAUCUGAGCCACAGGAUGUAGACGUAACCUCUGGGAACACUGUGUACUUCACAUGCAGGGCAGAGGGUAACCCCAAACCACAGAUCAUCUGGCUAAGAAACAACAAUGCUCUGAACAUGAGGGAUGACACUCGCCUGAAUCUUCUGGAAGAUGGAACGCUGAUGAUCCGGGACACGCGGGAGACGGACCAGGGCGUGUAUCAGUGCAUGGCUAAAAAUGUGGCAGGAGAAGUGAAGACCUCGCAGGUCACCUUGCGAUACUUCAGAGCACCAUCACGACCCAGUUUUGUGAUCCAGCCACAGAACACAGAGGUUCUGGUCGGGGAGAGCGUGACCCUGGAGUGCAGUGCCGCGGGUCAGCCACAGCCUCGUGUCACCUGGACUAAAGGUGACCACACAGCCCUUCCAGUUGACCCCCGCAUCAACAUCACUCCCUCUGGAGGUCUCUACAUUCAGAAUGUCAAUCAGGCAGAUGGAGGACAGUAUACAUGCUUUGCCAGCAACAACGUGGACACAAUCCAUGCCACUGCUUAUAUAAUAGUACAGGCUCGUCCCCAGUUCACAGUGACCCCUCAGGAUCAGUCGGUGUUGGAGGGUCAUAUAGUUGACUUUCCCUGCGAGGCCAGCGGCUACCCUCAGCCUGUCAUAGCCUGGACACGUGGUGGCAGUCCUCUGCCAAAUGACAGACGACAUGUUGUUCUCUCAACGGGCAGUUUGCGUAUUAGCCAUGUGGCUCUUCAUGACCAGGGCCAGUAUGAAUGCCAGGCAGUCAGUCCUGUUGGCACUGCCAGAGCAGCUGUUCAACUCAACAUCCAGCAAACCGUAACGCCUGUUUUCACAAAUGCUCCAAGGGAUUUGACGGUGGAGUCUGGAUCAGAUGUCCAGAUUCCGUGCAGUGCUCAGGGUGAGCCUACACCAAUCAUCACAUGGAGCAAGGAUGGAGUCCAGAUAACAGAGAGUGGGAAGUUUCAUAUCAAUCCGGAUGGCUAUCUGGAGGUGAAUGAUGUGGGGCUUGCUGAUAGGGGCCGAUAUGAGUGUGUCGCUCGUAACUCCAUUGGCUAUUCCUCGUCUAGCAUGGUGCUAACUGUACAAGUCCCACAGGUGAGCAGGGAGGGGGAUCCUUUUGUCUCAACGUCCCUUGAAGAGGCCAUUCGGAGCAUAAACAGCGCAAUAGACUCCACCAGGAGGCAGCUCUUUGAUGGAUCUCCCCGUACCCCUGCCGAGCUUCUGGCUCUGUUCCGUUACCCCCGGGACCCCUACACAGUGGAGCAGGCCAGAGCAGGAGAGAUUUUUGAGCAGACUCUCCUCCUCAUCCAGAGACAUGUCAACCAUGGCCUCAUGGUGGACACUAAUGGAACAGCCUUCCGUUACAAUGACUUGGUGUCGCCACGUUUCCUGGAUAUGAUAGCCAACUUGUCUGGCUGCACAGCCCAUCGGCGCUUCAACAACUGCUCAGACAUCUGUUUUCAUCAGAAGUAUCGCACCCAUGAUGGCACCUGUAACAACCUGCAGCACUCGAUGUGGGGUGCCUCGCUUACUGCCUUUGAGCGCUUGCUAAAGCCCGUCUAUGACAAUGGCUUCAAUCUCCCACGUGGUGCAACUGAGAGACAACACAAUGGCUUCACUCUGCCACUUCCACGCCUGGUGUCCACUACCAUGAUAGGAUCAGAGACUAUCACCCCAGACGAUCGCUAUACGCAUAUGCUAAUGCAGUGGGGCCAGUUCCUGGACCACGAUCUGGAUUCAACCGUUGUAGCUCUCAGCCAAUCACGUUUCUCAGAUGGACAAUUGUGUACCUCGGUGUGUACCAAUGAUCCGCCUUGCUUUGCUAUAAUGUUCCCGCCCAAUGACCCACGUCAACGACGCAAUGGAGCACGUUGUAUGUUCUUUGUGCGCUCUAGUCCCGUUUGCGGUAGUGGAAUGACCUCUCUGCUAAUGAACUCGGUGUAUCCACGUGAGCAGAUGAACCAGCUCACCUCAUACAUCGAUGCUUCCAAUGUUUAUGGCAGCUCACGGCAUGAAGCAGAAGAGAUACGUGACCUGGCCAGCCAUAGGGGGAUGUUACGGCAGGGAAUCGUUCAACGUACUGGCAAACCACUGCUGCCAUUUGCCACCGGGCCACCCACAGAGUGCAUGCGGGAUGAGAACGAGAGUCCCAUUCCUUGCUUCCUUGCUGGCGACCAUCGUGCCAAUGAGCAGCUCGGGCUGACGGCCAUGCACACGGUUUGGUUCCGUGAGCAUAACCGCAUAGCCAGUGAGUUGCUACGCCUCAACCCCCAUUGGGAUGGUGACACCAUUUACCAUGAAGCACGGAAGAUAGUUGGAGCCCAGAUGCAGCAUAUAACCUACAGCCAUUGGCUGCCUAAAAUACUGGGCGAGGCGGGCAUGAGGUUAAUGGGCGACUAUAAUGGCUAUAAUCCCAAUAUCAAUGCUGGAAUCCUUAAUGCCUUUGCAACUGCUGCCUUCCGUUUCGGCCACACACUCAUUAAUCCAAUUCUGUACCGGCUGGAUGAAAACUUCCAGCCAAUCCAGCAAGGGCACAUCUCGCUGCAUAAAGCUUUUUUCUCACCGUUUCGCAUUGUGAACGAGGGAGGCAUUGAUCCACUGCUUCGUGGACUGUUUGGAGUGGCAGGAAAAAUGCGAGUGUCUACUCAACUGCUCAACACUGAGCUGACAGAGCGUCUUUUCUCCAUGGCACAUGCUGUGGCUCUCGACCUUGCUGCCAUGAACAUUCAAAGGGGUCGUGAUCAUGGUAUACCCCCAUACAAUGACUACAGGGUGUUCUGCAACCUCUCCUCAGCUCAGACAUUUGAGGACCUGAGGAAUGAGAUUCAGAACCCAAGCGUACGAGAGAAGCUUCAAAGGCUGUAUGGUACACCUCUGAAUAUCGACCUGUUUCCUGCUCUGAUGGCUGAAGACCUGGUGCCUGGCAGCCGGAUGGGACCCACUCUCAUGUGUUUACUGGCAACCCAGUUCAAAAGUCUAAAAGAUGGUGACCGGUUCUGGUACGAGAACCCUGGCGUCUUUAGCCCUGCUCAGUUGACCCAGUUAAAGCAGGCCUCUCUCGCUCGGGUACUUUGUGAUAAUAGUGACAAUAUCACGCACAUCCAGUCAGAUGUGUUCAGUGUGGCGGACUUCCCUCAUGGCUAUGGGAGCUGUGACGAUUUGCCUAAGAUUGACCUGCGAAUGUGGCAGGACUGCUGUGAAGACUGCCGCACUAAAGGUCAGUUCAAUGCCCUGUCAUACCACUUCAGAGGUCGUAGGUCAGCAGAGCACAGCUAUGCUGAGGAGAGACCUGCCAGCAACCUCACAGACAACAGCAGAAAAGUGGAAGAUGCUCAAACUGAAAUGAACAUAACCGUAUCAUCCAAGUCGAGCACUGAACCCUCAAUAAAGGAUUUCCAAGAUUUCGUUACAGACAUGCAGAAGACUAUCACAAGUCUACGAAAACAGAUUAAAAGACUUGAAGGCCGUCUGAGUCGGACAGACUGCACUGAUGAGGAAGGGCGAGAACGAGGAGAUGGAGAGAUCUGGAAGAAGAACCCCUGCACCAUAUGUCAGUGUAAAGGGGCCCAGGUGAUGUGUUUUGUAGAGAAGUGUCCACAGGCAGCAUGUGUGAAUCCUGUGACACCUAAAGGUUCAUGCUGUCCCAUAUGCAUCAACCAGCCAUCAAAACUGCAGGAACAUCAAGUAUAACCUCAGGACACUUAACCGAUGUCACCUUCAGCACCCCCACCCAUUUUUUAUUUGUCUUUCAGGGUUUUUUAUCGUUUGUUACGUAUUGGUUAUUUGUUUUGUUUGCAUAUUCCCACAACUUCACAAGGCAAGAAGCCCACAAAACUGCACAUCAACUGCCCUAAAAGUAUUCAAUCAGAUAGAUGGAAGUGGAACCCUGUUUUCCUCCCUUAGGCCUGUUAACUGGGUCAUGGUCUCAGAUGUCUACCAAAGGUGCUCAUUGACAUGUUGACACCUGCCAGUAGAUCAUCUCUGAAGAAGCAUUCUCAGGUUCGAGAUGCUGAAAAAACUGGUGCUAUUUUACUCCAUUUAAAAGAGUCUUACAAGUAUUGUUUUAGGUGUCUAAACGUUUUGCGAUAUACAGUGCAACCUAUAUACACUCAUUAUGUGCUUUUUAAAACCACAUUUGAGCAGAAACCUGUUGUUUUAUAGCUACUCUAAAGACAUUUUACAUGUAAAAAAAUUAGAGUUACUCCUGCUUUUACUAAAUGUUUAUGGUGCAUAGUAUCAUAUUCGGAACAUGUGUAGAAAAAUAGUUCCCGCUUUGUAUCAUUCUCUCAUGUGAAGAAAAAUGUGAAUACCUUGAAAACAAUAUUUGCAAUGGGGAAAAAACUCUACUGAUCACCAAAUGUUUGUUUCCCUUGGCAACUGCGAGUUAUCGGAGACUCUUGUGUUUGGGCUUUUGUUUCUUUACCUUGACAGAAAGCUGUUAUAUGUGCUUGUGGUUUGGUAUCUUUUUUUUUUUUUUUUUUUGCAAGGGAGCAACUAAGGGUUUGUCAGCUGACAUCAGGGUUACUGUACUUUUUCUGUAUUACUCUGGCUGGCCUAAAGCCUCAUCUUCCAGCACAGUAUUUAUAUCCUUAUGUUAUCAUUAUCAUGAAUGAAUGUCCAGAAGUUUCCUCUCUUUUUCAAACAGUGUUCUGAAAGGAUGUAAACAAUUGCACCUCUCCACAGUACAUUACAAGCAUACACACUUCUGUCACCACUCAAUGCGUCCAGUUUUUGCAUUACAUUUAGAUUUGUUCAU